UUCGAACAAAUGAACGACAAAAUGUCAAAUUGAGAUUAAUUAUUUUUAAUCCGUAGAAUUUUUGUUUGUCUCGAAUAAAAGUUUGCAACAUUCCCAGUGUUUUCGUUUUAGAUAUCAAAUGUAAUUCCAAACGUCUUAGUGACUUUAUAUUUAUCCAUUUUCUUCCGUAUCAACGUUGAUACCUAUUUCUUAAUAUGUCGGAGACGCGUCGUAUACAACUCCAUUUGGGGAAGUGUAUAGAAGAUUUAGACAAAUUAUACAAUGUACCGGACUUAAAAUCUAAAAGAGCAGCUUUGUUAUGCAAGACAGCCCAAAAACUCUUCGAAAAUGCUGAGGAAGCCCGUGCAAAGGGUGACGAAGAACACUCCUACGUGUAUUUCAUGAAAUACCUCCGCGUAGUUGCAUAUAUAACUAAGGACAAAGAGUAUGUAAAAGACAAAACAUACUUUAACAAUAUGCUUGGAACUAAGAACCCAAACAAAGCAAUAGAUGCCGCUGAAAAGUUGAAAAUGAGUCUGAUUGAGAGGUAUGCUAAAGAGCAAAAAAACAAACGCCUCAUGGACAUACAAGAGAAUGAAUUGAUCAAACAAAAGAUAGACGAGAAUCGCAAGAAAGCAAUGGACAUAGCUGCUGAGCCACCACCAGUUUUGGGUCUACCUGGUCCUGAUGAAGUGACAAUUAAAAGUGAUCAAUUGUAUCAAAUACUGAAGAAUGGCAAGUUGAAGGUUAUGAUAUUGGACGCAAGGCCUGGCAAUGAUUAUAUUGAAUCGCACAUUAAUCACCCAGCCUGCAUCAGCGUGCCAGAGGAGAGAAUUUCACCUGGGCAAUCGGCAAAUGUAUUGGAACAGAACCUACCAGAAGCCUCACGGCCUGUCUGGGCUGAGAGGGCCAGCAUGGAUCUAAUUGUUAUGCUGGAUUGGAGUAGCACUACUGUGAUACCAGGGAAACCCUUGCAUCUGCUGAAGACCAUUCUACUUAAGUGGGAUAUAAAAGUCCAAUAUGCAAGACAGCCAGUAGCACUGUGGGGAGGCUACGAGGACUGGCUGCUCAAGUAUCCAGCGUUCACCAGCAACCCGCAGGCCGUUCCACCCUCGCAGGAGAUCAUGUUGGACGAUAUGCUGGGUGAAAUAGAUUAUCCAAAUUUGUCGGAUCUGAAUCCACCUGCUCCGGUCAGCCGGCCCAAGCCUGGCGAGCCAGUUGUGGACAGGUCCAGUAAGAGCGCCGCGGUGGAGCUGUACGCGGAGCGCGCGCGCAACGUGCAGCACAUCCUGGAGCAGCAGCAGAUGAUCGCCGACACCUCGCUCACGCUCGAGAUGCAGCGGAUCGAGGCUGAGCAGGACUGGGAGAAGACGCGGCUGCAGAGCGAGACGGAGCAGCGCGACGAGCUGCGCGCCAUGUACCAGCUGCGCGAGCAGGAGAUCAUCUCGCAGCUCAUGCAGCUCGAGAACAAGCAGUACGACAUGGAACAAGAGAAUCAGUCGUUGCGCGAGAAAUUAGAGGAGUACCAACGGAGGGAGAGGGAGGAGGCGGCGAAACUCGCCGAGAACAUCGCGAAGGUGCAACAAACGCCCGAUGCUGAUGUGGAAGCGGUGAAGCAGGCGGCGGCGCGCGAGGCGGAGGCGGCGCGCGCGCGCAUCGCGGCCGUGACGGCGCAGCGCCGCUCGCUCGACCGCCGCCGCGAGCUGCUCGAGGCCGAGCGCAAGCGCCGCCUGGCCCACGCGCGCGACAAGCGCAAGCCCUGCAAGGAAGAGGACACAGAGUCGUUCGGUUCCGGCACCGACAGCAACUCGGCGCUCAACCGCUCGCAAUCCUCGCCCAAUAUCGCUAAGCUGUCGUCGGACGAGGAGGAGGCGGCGCCGCGGUUCGACCGCAGCACGAAGCCGGCCAAGCUCGCGCCGCUCGCGCGCGCUCGCGACUUCCAGCCCGUCUGGGGGGACGUGGGUCGUGGUCUAACAGGCCUCAAGAACCUCGGCAACACGUGCUAUAUGAACUCGAUCAUACAGUGCUUGAACAACACGGCGAUACUAGUCACGUACUUCUGCAAUGGACAGUACUUGGAGCACGUCAAUAGGUCGCACAGCACGCGCGGCGCCAUCGCGGAGGAGCUGGCGGCCGUCGUGCGCGCGCUCUGGUCGGGCCAGUACCGGUUCAUCGCUACCAAGGACCUGCGCAACGAGGUGGGCAAGCACCAGCGCACGUUCCGCGGCAGCGAGCAGCAGGACUCGCACGAGUUCCUCACCAUACUCAUGGACUGGCUGCACCUCGACCUGCAGUUCAGCAUCAAGCCGCCGCUUAAGGAGAGCCUGGGCGCGUCGGAGCGCGCGUGGCACGAGUACACGCGGUCGCGCGAGAGCCUGGUGCUGCGGCUGUUCUACGGGCAGAUCCGCUCCACCGUGCGCUGCACCGUGUGCGCCGCCAGCUCCGCCACCUACGACUCCUUCUCCAACCUCUCGCUCGAGCUGCCGCCGCACGCCGCGCGCUGCACGCUCGCGGACUGCCUCAAGCUGUACCUGAACGGCGAGACGAUACCCGGCUGGAACUGCCCCACGUGCAAGGAGAAACGCGACGCCGUCAAGAAGCUCGACAUAUCCCGCCUGCCGCCGGUCCUGGUGAUACACUUUAAGCGGUUCUACCUGGACGCCAAGGACUACAUGUGCAACGCGUACAGGAAACGGCAGACGUACAUCGAUUUCCCGCUGGAGGGGCUGGACAUGGGGCAGCUGGCGCUCAACUGUCCCGCCAACGGGUACGACCUGUACGCCGUCUCCAACCACUACGGCUCCAUGGAGGGGGGGCACUACACCGCCUAUUGCAAGAGCAGCGUGUAUGGCAAAUGGUACAAGUACGACGACCACUUGGUCACUGAGAUAUCGCCGAGCGAGGUGAAGUCGAGCGCCGCCUACAUCCUGUUUUACACGUCGUGCGAUCGCACGUGAUCGCGCGUGCGCGGCCGCCCUUACGCCACGGGUCGCUAGUGUGCGCGCGCCCUUACGUUGAGUGCACACGCCCUUUGGAAUAAAGAACGGUCGGGCCUAGUGGGUUGUGUGUUGAUGAAACCUGAUGUAAAAAGCACACGCGCGUGUGUACACCCCCCUUGGAAUAUAUAGAGCUUUGCUUGAGCUGCGAGCGUCGUGUGUAAGCGCCCUAAUGUCAAAAGAACACGCGCGUGUGUAAAUUAUCUUUAACAUUUAACGCUUAAACCGCAAACUUUGUGUGUACGCGUCCUUAUAAAUCUUAUGAGUCGAAUGAACGUGAAUAUCAGUGUGUCUACAGUAUGCACCUUGGAAUAUGUAACGCUUAAGUUGCGAAUAUCAUGUGUGUACGCGUCCUUAUGUUGUGUGCACACCGCACACACAUUGUGUCUACACCUCUGUUACAUAUUAUAAUGCUUUGAACGGAAACUGUGUUUAUGAAAGCGCCUUUAUUGGGUACAACCUAUAUGGAUAAAAUUACGCUUCGCCUUAAGUGUAGUCCCGUGUAUUAUAUUUGAAAACUAUUUGUCGUGCAUACACCCCCUUAUGACUUGUGUGUCACAACAUCUAUGAGAGUAAACGUGUUUUAUAACGCGCUCUUAUACGUAAAAGACACGUGUCCCAAGCAGUUAUAACUUUUGUAUAGAUCCUUGAGAUUACCAGAUAGUGUGUACACGGCUUUAUUUCUAAAUAACAAACAAUUAGUUUACACCAUUUUAAUCUUCUACUACACUCCAUAGAGACCGUCUUGUGUGUGCAGACCGUUAUUUUAUAAAUUUUUGCCCUCAACAAAGUUCUAACUCAUAUCUACUUCCAUUAAUAACAAUCAUGUACAUGUAAAAUAGGAAAUCUCCACUUAAUAAUUCAUUUAAAAUAAACUUCCAAAUUUGUAAGAAAUUACCUGCUUAUAAUAUGUUUGCAUACACCCUUAUGCACCCUUAUAGAUGGAGACCCGUUAUUUCAAUAAGUAUUUAUAAAAGAAAGUUGUAUAAAAUAGAUAAACAUAUUUUUUUUCCAUCGCAUUAAUGCUAGUUGCUAAAUACUCUGUACAUUUAAGUAUUUUAAAAGCAUUCAAAUACGUAUCAUAUUAAAUUCCUCGUUAAUUCAUUGUUAAGAGGGAGUUGUCGUUGAAAAUCUAUAAUAAAUUAGUACAAAUUGGUAUAAGAAAAUACCAACUGUCACAUAUUAACAUGAAUAAAUAGUUAACACAAGGCGUCUUCCUCAUUGAGCCAAAUUGCUUUCAAGUUACAUUCGGUUAAGGCAGUUGUGAUUAUGAUAAUUAUAAUUAUAGUUAUAGUUGUUUAUGGAAAUUUAUUAUCUGUUGGAUAAGGUUUUCGAUGCUAAUUUUUAACAUGGGAAUAAUAAAUAUAAUUAUAUUAGGAGAAAAUUGGUCAGACGUUAUUUUUCUCAUUUCAAAUUCGAUUACAACUACAUUCGUCAGUACAAAGUAUAAGUAUAUUAAUGACUAGCGGUCCGCCCCGGCUUCGCCCGUGGUACAUAUAUAGCCUUCCUCAAUAAAUUGGCUAUCUAACACUGAACAAAUUUUUCAAAUCGGACCAGCAGGUCAUGAGAUUAGUGCGUUCAAACAAACUGUCAGCUUUAUAAUAUUAUUAUAGAUUAUUUUCGCCUUGUAUCGAUUUAAUAGUGACAAGCGAUCCGCCAACACUUAACAAAAAGCUUGGUGUCAUAGACAACUUCAUAAAAUUCACUUGUGAUUAUCGCUGUAAAGUUGCUUGCGCCGAUAUAAAAAAUUGAAUGUAAAAAAAAGUAUUUAUUUUUAAUAUUGUAUGAUAUGAUUUAGAUAUGAAUGGUUCUGGAAAGACUGAAUACACGGUAAUGUAUGAGAGUAGGUUUUGAGGGCUCUAGAAUUUACAAGUUUGUAUCAUAUAAAGACUAAUAUUUAAUUAAUUUUGGAGAUUGUUAUCAUUAUUUAUACGCGAGUCGUCGCGAACUAAUGCGUUAGUAUUUAAAUACUUAAUUAAUUUAAUCUAGUUCAUAAUUCACAUUAACGUAUGUGUAAAGUUAGGUCCAUGAAAUCGUACUUGAUGAUAAAUGUUUAAACCUCAUCAAUAUUUAUAGUUCACGGUUGAAAGGCAAGCGGCGCAAAUAAUGGAUUUCUUUAUAACCGCUAUUUUCUAUAGGUGUUACCGUAUUUCUAAAAAUAUUGUUAUUUUUAUGUUUAAAUCUUAUAAGUUAGUGUUGACUCGAAAUAGUUUUGUCCGUAGGCGACGUUUAGUUCAAAGAUUGUUGUAUUUUAAUAAGCCUUAAUAGUUAAUUUCUAUUAAUUCCGAACGGAUAACGCGAUAUUAUAUUUAAUUAGCAAUGCAACACUAUUAUUUGCGUAUGGUAACGUUGGUGCCAUUUAUUGGUAAAAGAAUGAUUUGUUUUGUAAAUGUUUUGUUUGUAUGACCCAUUUGUACAUAGCAUUACUGGAUACCUAUUGUGUAUACUUAAGAUGAAAAUUUAUUAAAUUCUUUGUUAAAA